AUGAAAGCUCCAAUUCGACCAUGUCUUCGCUGCAUCUCCAGCGGACCACUUCGAACACCACAAGCAGCGACGGCGACAGCAGCUCUCCAACUGUUCCUCUCCACAGCGUAUACACCGGCAACGACAACACGAUGCAUCUCACCAGCCACAAGCCGCCGGCCCUUCUCCGUCCUCAACCGCCCGCCCCCUAACUACCCCGGCCACAUCCCCCUCACGCGAAUCGAGCGCGCCGCCCUAGCCGUCGGCUCGGGCGUGAUCUCGUUUUUCGACCCUCGCCGGGGCGACCUGAUCGCAGCCCUCGGCGAAGCAACAGCGACGCCGUACUUCAUCCACCGGCUGCACGCGGCCAUGCUCGCCUCGCCCACGGGACGGCGCAUCCUGCGCGAGCGCCCGCGCAUAACCUCGACCUCGCUCGACCUACCACGCCUGCGGGCGCUACCAGCCAACACCGUGGGAGGCACGUACGUGGCGUGGCUAGACCGCGAGGGCGUGUCGCCCGACACGCGCGCCGGCGUGCGGUACAUCGACGACGAGGAGUGCGCGUACGUGAUGCAGCGGUACCGCGAGUCGCACGACUUCUACCACGCGCUGACGGGCCUGCCGGUGGUGCGCGAAGGCGAGGUCGCGCUGAAGGCGUUUGAGUUCGCCAACACGCUGCUGCCCAUGACGGGGCUGUCGGUGUUCGCCGUGGCGACGCUGAAGCCGGCGGAGCGGAGGAGGUUCUGGGAUGUCUAUGGGCCGUGGGCCGUGCGCAAUGGGCUGAAGAGCGGGGAGGUCAUCAAUAUCUACUGGGAGGAGGAGAUGGAGACGGAUGUUGAUGAGUUGAGGGCGCGGCUGGGCAUUGAGACGCCGCCGGAUCUGCGCGAUAUACGCAAGAGGGAGCGCAUGGAGAGGAAGAGGGCUAAGGAGGCUGCCGCUGCCCAGGAAGUUGCUAGCUGA